CCCAGCACACACCACUAGCUCCACUUAAAUCACCUUAUAUUGUACCUCCACAUCUACUAUUGCAAACACACAAUGAACAGACUAUUUGGUUCCAAAUCGUCUGCCCCAAAACCUACCAUUAAUGACGCGAUCGGCUCUAUUGAUGAGCGCGUGGGCCUGCUUGACGUGAAGCUUUCUAAAAUCAACGCAGAAUUGUCGACAUACCAGCAAAAAAUAAGCCGUAUGCGAGACAGCCCUGGAAAAAGCUCUCUCAAGCAAAAAGCCCUAAAAUUGUUGAGGCAACGCAAGCAGAUAGAGGCCCAGAAGGACCAGUUGGAGAGUCAACUGUGGAACAUGACCCAGGCGUCCAUGACCACAGACAACUUGAAAAAUACCGUGAUAACCAUGGAUGCGAUGAAAUCGGCAAAUAAGGCAUUGAAGUCGCAAUACGGAAAGAUUGAUAUCGACAAAAUCGAGCAGUUGCAGGACGAAAUGUUGGACUUGAUAGAUAAACUGAACGAGCUCCAGGAGUCUUUGCUGAUGAGUUAUGACGCACCAGACGACAUUUCCGAGCUGGAGUUAGAUGCAGAGCUAGAUGCUUUGGGCGAGGAAAUGGACUUUGAGGCAGAAAUGAACGAGUCUGGUUUAGGCACCCCGAGUUACUUGGCAGCAGACCUGGUUCCCGAUAAGUUGCCUGCUUUCAUUGACGAGGAGGAGGAGCAGGAGAAAAUUGCGAAUUAACUGCUUUGCAAGCUACGAAGGUGUGAAGAGCGGUUGCCUUUGAGGGUUUCCAUGUGGUCAUAUGCUAUAUGGGAGCUGAUAUACCGAUAUACACCUGAGACUUACCGGUGAAAUUGGGCGAAAAGAAUCUUCAACUGUUUAGGAUUUCAAUAAGGCUCAUAAAUGUAAAAUCUUGGUUGGAACCUACUUCCAACUACCGCGUAAACUGAAAAUCUGCAAGUGCUCUUGAGUAUGCAUUUACUAUUAGUAUGAAUUUGCGGGCAAUACGAGCAGAAAAUUCAAAUUCUGCCUCUCGGCAGGUCAAUCUAUAUAUAGUGCUAUAUUUAUGUAUUCUUGAUCAAUACGACAACGAA